GAGGGAGGAGGGGAGAGCGGGAGCCAGGAGGGGGGGGGUCGGAGAGGCCCGGCAUUAUAAAGGCGGCUGGACCAGCACAGCCCGCCAGACCCCGCCGCCCGGAUCCCCUGCGCAGCCCGCCGCCCCACGUGACCGCACCGACCCCCAGCUCCGCCGCAGCCCGCUCGCCAUGGCCCUCUUUGGGGCCCUCCUCCUAGCGCUUCUGGCAGGCGCUCAUGCGGAGCUCCCCGGCUGCAAGACCCGCGUCACCUCCCAGGCGCUGGAGCUGGUGAAGCAGGAGGGCUUGCGCUUUCUGGAACAAGAGCUGGAGACCAUCACCAUUCCGGACCUGCGGGGCCGGGAGGGCCACUUCUACUACAACAUCUCGGAGGUGAAGGUCACAGAGCUGCAGCUGACAUCCUCUGAGCUCCAUUUCCAGCCGGAGCAGGAGCUGGUGCUACAAAUCAGCAACGCGUCCUUGGGGCUGCGCUUCCGGAGGCAGCUUCUCUACUGGUUCUUCUAUGAUGGGGGCUAUAUCAAUGCCUCUGCCGAGGGUGUGUCCAUCCGCACUGCUCUGCAGCUCUCCCGGGAUGCCACUGGCCGUAUCAAGGUGUCCAACGUCUCCUGCCAGGCCUCGGUCUCCAGAAUGCACGCGGCCUUCGGGGGAACCUUCAAGAAGGUAUAUGAGUUCCUCUCCACAUUCAUCACCUCGGGGAUGCGCUUCCUCCUCAACCAGCAGAUCUGCCCCGUGCUUUACCACGCAGGGAUGGUGCUCCUCAAUUCCCUCCUGGACACAGUGCCUGUUCGCAGCUCUGUGGAUGAGCUGGUUGGCAUCGACUACUCCCUCCUGAAGGAUCCUGUAGCGUCCGACAGCAGUCUGGACAUGGUCUUCCGGGGGGCCUUCUUUCCCCUCGCUGAGGGGAACUGGAGCCUGCCCAACCGGGCGGUAGAGCCCCAACUGCAGGAGGAGGAGCGGAUGGUGUACGUGGCCUUCUCGGAGUUCUUCUUUGACUCUGCCAUGGAGAGCUACUUCCGGGCGGGGGCCCUGCAGCUGUCACUGGUGGGGGACAAGGUGCCCCACGAUCUGGACAUGCUGCUGAGGGCCACCUACUUUGGGAGCAUCGUCCUGCUGAGCCCAGCAGUGAUCGACUCCCCGCUGAAGCUGGAGCUGCGCGUCCUGGCCCCACCUCGCUGCACCAUCAAGCCCUCGGGUACCACGGUCUCUGUCACUGCCAGUGUCACCAUCGCCCUGGUCCCGUCAGACCAGCCCGAGGUCCAGCUAUCCAGCAUGACCAUGGACGCCCGUUUCAGCGCCAAGAUGGCACUCCGGGGGAAGGCGCUGCGCACCCAGCUGGACCUGCGCCGGUUCCGAAUCUACUCGAACCAGUCCGCCCUGGAGUCGCUGGCCGUGAGUUGGGGGGUGGCGGGGGUGCCGAGGCUGGGUCGGGGCCGGGCAGCGAAGGCCAGGCUGCUUCCUGCUGGCUGCCCUAAUGUCCUGCCUCCUCCCUCCCAGCUGAUCCCACUGCAGGCCCCUCUGAAGACCAUGCUGCAGAUUGGGGUGAUGCCCAUGCUCAAUGAGCGGAUGUGGCGGGGGGUGCAGAUCCCGCUGCCCGAGGGUAUCAACUUUGUGCGUGAGGUGGUGACGAACCAUGCGAGUUCUCCAGCCCUCUGCACAGCUGGGCUGUCACCUUGUAAACCUCUUCCCGGAUUCCACCCCCAAUAUCUACUCAUCUUGAACGUCUGAGCUAAGAGGUCACCUCCUCUAGGAAGCCCUCCUUGACCUCCACAGACUGUGCUCCUGCAGCCUCUCUUUUACACCCUUCACAGGGAGCUAGAAGAACUUCUUUGCUGUUCCUCCUGUCCCACUAAAUUGAGAACCCCUCGAGGCUAAAGACUUUGUCUGUAUUUUGAAAUUUUGGUCUGUGAUGGAAUAAACAGACUCCCCUCUCUGCCCCACCGCACAGGGCUUCCUCACCAUUGGGGCCGACCUCCACUUUGCCAAAGGGCUGCGAGAGGUGAUCGAGAAGAACCGGCCUGCCGACACCAGGGACCCCUGGGCAUCCAGUGCCCCACCACCCUCCACGACAGCUGCCUGAGCCCUCAAGCC